CCGGCGGACCCUCCCAGACCAAGCCCAAGAGAGGCCGGGCGGCGCGAGUGGUCUGCAGCCUCCUUGGUUUUCCUUCUCCUUGGCCGCUAGAACCUUUAAGACCGCCAUCAACGACAAAAACAGAAGGAACAAGCAUGCAGGCCUUACGAGGGGCGGUGUGGAGCCCCCUCGCGGGACGGGCGUCAGCAGCACACCCACGGCUCCAGGCAGCAGCCACAGGAAUGAGGCACAUCUCUAAUGGUGAGAAUGAUGCCGUCAACCCCAACUUUGUGAACCGCAACCCUCGCAACAUGGAGAUGCUGCGGCUGGCACGGAAACCUGAAGGAUGGGACCUGGAGGCUUCUUCUCCAUUGUAUUGGUACAAACUCAUGCUGGAGCAAAGCAACAGGCACUCCACAGGCUGGGUGGAGCACCACACUGGCACCACCGUGGUCUCCGCCUCCACCCGGGAGUGGGCCAUCAAACAGCAGCUGUACUCCACCACCGACACCAGCGCCAUCCGUAACAUUGGCCACGUCCUGGCGCGCCGCUGCCUGGAGUCUGGCAUCACGGAGGUCUACACCGAACUGGACCAGUACGCAGAGUCCUCAGCAAAG